UGUAUGGCAGGUGCUCUGUGGAUAAAAGAACAGAAGUUGUUGACGUUCCGUUGCUCUUCCGCUGACACACGUCUGCAGAAAGAUGAUAACAUUGAGAACAAACUAAUGAAUUCACACACAUGCAAACCUGCCCUUGAAAAUAUCCCUCGCUGACUUAUUAGAAUUUGAAAGAUUUGCAUUAACACAGCUUAGCCUCAUGUUGGAGGACCUUUUCCUGUAUGCAGCUUAACCCGUAAAUAUUCUGGCUUUUUCUUUUUCAGUGCCGCAUUUGGUUUUCUAUGUAAUACGCUCCAGCAGUUUUCAGGCACAAGAGACAUAGGCAAUAUUUCAUGAAAUUUUCUCUUACAGCUUCAGUGGGUUCAGAGAAGCAACAUUCCUAUGCAAAGCAAAGAACAGGUCAAACCUUGUUAGGUACGAAAGUUUAAAUCCAGUUACAAGUACCCCGAAGGAAUCAACUGCUUUGGAAAACCCCAGUAUUCAAGACUGUUGUAGCUUGAGGCAGCUGUUAAAAAUCACCUGAAAGUAUCAUGUUUCGUUCUCCUUCCCAUUCAAGCUGCAGCCAUUACGGGUGCUACAGAUGGAGUGUCAUGAAAUUUACCUUAUUUAUUAAGUAGUGUUACAGUAUUGGAGGUAGCCAAUAAGAGUAAGUGGUCAUGAAUACCGCAUAUGUUUUGUAAGUAGCUCGUAAAACAACCUGAUGUAGGGCAGAUGGGACUGUGUUUUGUAAAGUUAAAUGAUUUAGAGAACUCUGAACAAGUGUUGGUGAAUAAAAUGUCACAUAUUGUUGCACAAUUGAUCUACAAGUUGAUUACUGACAUAAAACAAUGGAACUAAAAUCCACAUAUUACAAACGAUAAAAUAAAAUGAACAUACUGUCAGCAAUAUGUUUGUUUUAGAGGAAAUCUUUUUUCACAGCAAAGUUGUCUAAGAAUAGUUGUACAGUCAGAAGAUUUGUAUUAUCUCUUUGCAGAGUUUUAUGUUAUCAGAUUUAAAAAAGUGACCCACAAGCGACUGUUCACUGGUGAAAUGAAAAUGAACUCACAUUUCACUGUAAAGAACAAGCAUUGCAAGUCAUUGAACACUGUGUACAACAAAUAACAUAUGAUUCAACCAGUCAUCAUGAUGGUUUCAAAUUAGCCUAUUUUAUGCUUCCCUUAGUUAUCUUUCUUCCUUUGGUUAUAGUUGCUGGUCUUUUGUCUGAUGCUUCUCAGCAGAUGCUUGUUAUCCUUAUUUGUUAAUUGUUCAUGCAUCUUUCAGUGAAUUCGCCCACAAAUUUUAAAGGCUCACUGGCCAAAAUGUAACAAGAAUGGAACUGAAUAGGCCUGUGGUAAAUAGGCACAAAUGAGGUAUUUCUUUGUAUGUACACUAUACUGCAUGUGAUGAAGAUGCUAAUAACUAAACUCACAAAACUUCUCACAAAUUGUACUACUACUAAAAAGUUUCAAAUUGUUUACCCAAAAUCCCAAAUGAAAUAGGUGAAAAGUUGCAAUUUCGUUUGCUCUUGGACUGAAGCUGCUGCCUAUUAACACAACUCUCUGACUCUAUUUAUUCUUCUCUUUUUGCUCUUGCUGUUCUGUACUGUACUCGCUCGUUCACACAUACAGUAUCGGCAAGGACAUACAAGCCUUGCAGCAGGAUUCACCAGAAUCAAACGUUUGUGUUGGACAGACACUGGCUAUUAUUCACCCUGUUUUACAGCAACAAAAGAAAUGACUGUAGGCUGCUGUCAUUCUACCACUGAUUUACCCCCAGUUUGGUCUUUAUUCAUGGUGGGAUCCCAGUAAACAUUUGGAAUAACUUUCCUGUCAGCUAUUGCAAGCUGGUUGAGGUUUCUUCAAUAUUAGCAAUGUGUUGUUUGACUGGUAAUAUAGUUAACUUGCUUUUUAAGCUAGUUGCUGUGACAGGGAAUUCCCUCUCUGAUUGUUGUAGCGAUCUUUUCAGAGAUAAAUCUUUCAACAGCUGUAACCGAACCGUUGGAGGGCUGAGAUUCCAACCCUAUUAGAUGCUAGAAAGUUUUUAUCGACCCAUCCAGGAUGUUUUCCUGAUUUGGCUCCUGGCAGGAAACGGCAGAGGAGAGUGUUUAUGAUUUGAUGGAAAUAGGUUGAGAGAAUUGUUGUGAGCGAUGCAAACCCAAUUUAGAUCGACUCCCUUUGACCCAACUCAAAAACAGAUAAUGCACUGGAAAAAGCAGGGUGCCAGAAAACAAGGGUCAAAGUGAAAGUUGAAAGUUUGCUCUGCUACAGUUGUGAUCUUAGGUAAUGUCAUAAUAACAAACAUGAGUUAAAGUGGUGUGUGAAUGUGUGAGGGUGUGGGAAAUUAAUGGCCUGCGAUCUUUCAUUACCCUCCCACUGUUAGCCUGGUUUCUGGAGCUGAAUAUAAAUGAAGGACAAUAAUAAAGAGCGAGAGAGAGCGAGCAUAGCUAGAGUCCAACAGCACUGUUGAAUAGUGUGUUGCUAAUCAAAUGUCUUACCUUGCACUGCCCUCUACAGGUGUAAACGUUUAAUUGCUGCAAAUUUGAAGUUUGGGAAGGUCAGAGUUUGUCAACCUGCAAGACUUUCAGUGUGCCUGAAAGACCUGCUCACUUUGUUUUACAGUGGCUGCAGGUUGGUUUUCCAUUAUCAGUUCAUCUGAAGAGACGGUGACUGAUUUUUAAUUUGGUCUGUAAUGUCAGAAAAUACCCAGAAUUCCCAUUUCAGUUUCCAAGAGUUCAAGAGCUGAUAUCACCUUGCUCCACAAACACAAACAAAAAAUAUUUGUUGUAAAUAUUAAAGAAGACUGGAAAGAAAUUACAGUUUCUGAGCUGGAAACAGAGAAUUGUUGGUAUUUUUUACUUAAACACAAUAAUGAAGCAUUUAUUAGAUAAAUCAGUUGUUCUAAUGAUAGUUUGUGUGAAAGAUUUCAGAAAAUGUAAGCAUUUAUACCAUCUGACAACAGAACAAGUCUCAUAUUCAGGAGCUUAUUUUGAAAGAUAUGUGUUCUCAUUUGGGACAAAAUCAAGCUUUUCAAAGAUUUGUUAAAUUAAAAACUGCACAAUCAAUCAUUUAUUUCGACUUGAAAGGCAACAGGUUCUGCUUUCUUUGGAAGGACAUUGUAAAAUGAGUUAUGAAUCAUUUCAGAUCCUUGAUUUACUGGCACCAUUUAUCACAUCAUCAUACCAUUUAUCUAUUGCUCUUUCACCGAUUCACUUUAGCACUUACUCUCGCAAUCAGCUGUCACAUGAACAUGAGAUAUGUCCAUAAUACUGAAACCGGUGUUGAAAUAAAAGCAUUUAUCUUAAUUCCAGUAAAGCUGCUGUUCGUCUGUACAAAAAUAAUUUAUUGCGUCGUGAUUCCUCAAAAGACAAAACCUCUUUGAUCUCUUUGUAUCCUCUGAUUGUGUGCACUUGCUAAAGAAAACUGUUCAUUAGCAGGUCUCUGUAGUUUACACCGAAAGGACUCGGCCUCAGUAGAAUGAAUCUGGUUUUGUCCCACAUCGCAGUAUUAAAAAUAUCCUCAAAAGCUAAUGAUCUAUGCAAAUGGAUCUCUUAUUUCACUUAUCUAAUUGGAAACACACUAGCCAAUUUUGAGCACCAUUUGUCAAUGACCUCCUCUGUGUCUCCUUUGUUGCUCAUGUUCACACACACACACACACAUACAUAUUCACACGCACACACUCCCCCCCUCUUCUCCUUAGACAUUUUAAUCAGUUUUGAGAGGAAUAAUUGCCCAGGUAGACAUCUAAAUAUGGAGGUAUUUCAAUUACUUGGUGUGUCUGGCUUCAGGCAAGCUACGGCUCACAGAGACUAAUCAACUAAGACUGAUUAACCCAACGUUUUAUUACAGUCUGGGUGUGUGCAUGUGUCUGCGCACGUGUGUGAGGGUGUCUCCAUCUACCGUAGAUUAGAAUUCAGGCAGGUGAAUGUCCAUCAUCAUAUUAAGACCUCGUGGGAGGCGUUACAGCCGUCACUUCCUCAUGUACAGGAGACAUAAACAGUUUAGGCUAAAAAAAGCUCCUGUGGUUCAUCAGCGAUUUCUCUUCCUGACGGAGCCUCACUGCCCUUACAAAACCUUUUCAGGUGAUAAGUGGAUGAAGGGAGGGGAGAAGAAGAGGAACUUUUCGGGAAGAGGCUUCGUAGGCUUACCACUGGCCUGCUAAUUAUAUCACAGAGACUCUCAGUUUCCAAGCAAAAGGCUCGACUCAUUCACUCUGUUGGAUGCAGAUUGUACUGAGCUCAUAUGCGAUUAACAAUGAAGUGACAGCAGCUGUCAUAUGAAGAGCUCGAUGAUGAGUUUGUUGUUUUCCCAGCUUUUAUACCCAGAGAAGCGUCCCAGUGUUUCUGGUUAGGAAACGAGCAGGUCAAAAUACAUCUAAAUGACAUAAAGAUGCACACAGAGAGGUGUGGUGUCAGAUAUUGUUUUGCACUGGAGACAGUUUGAAUCCCAGAGAUGCAGUUUGUGCUCAGUGUCAUCUUUUUAUUUUGGAGGCAGGACAAUCUAAAUAAGGUGUGAAAUAAACCUUUUACACCCCGGAAAUCACCCUUUGCAACCUCGGACUGAAGCGAGCACUCACGUCCCGAAAAACACUGACAAGUCCAAAUGCUAAUAUUAGCUACUUUACUCUAGAAUCGUUGGAGCAUUAUUCAUCAGGGAGAGCAAAGUUAUGGCUUUGCUGCUCUGCUUUCUGUCUUUUUAAAAAUAAAAUCUGUCGUUCUAAAGUAAAUAUGAUCUGGUGAUCAUAUUUAAGCAGCCUAAUUACAGUUUUUUCCACACACCUCCUGCCAAUUGUGUAUUUAUCCAAGUUUGUUCCCCCAUUUUAUCAUCCAGGCGCCAAGCAUCAAAAGCAAGUUAAACAUCACAUUUGCUGUUAUGUUGCAUGCGUUCUGUGAAGGGCUCGUUAGUGUAGCUCCUCGACUGCACAAACAGUCGAAUUGUGUGUCUGCAUGAAAAAUGACUGACUGGACAAGUACAGGUGCCAGUGAGAAAAGCAGGAGAGGAAACUGCCAAUUACAGCCGUCAAUCAGCACCCACAAGGGAGACAUUAAUUCCUUAAUAAACCUUAACAUCUUAUUAAUAGAAGAAUGAUGGCCACCGGCACAGCUAUUGAAAGGCUGAUUUUAGUGAUCAAGACCAUAAUGACUCAUUGAAAAAACUAAAGAGGAAGAAGGUGAUUUUUAUGAUUCAGUUGCAGUCAGAGAUUUUCUUGCUGCCAGCAUUUACCAGCCAUUGGCAGCAUUGCAAUUUAAAGUACUGGUAGGUAUUGAAAUUGGGGGGAUGCCUGGCUGCUAUCAUUUUUAGCCAUGGGUCCUUGGUUGCUUCAGUUGGAUUUAAGUGGAAUAAUUUCACAGUCCCAUGUCAUUGCCAUGAUAAUCGUAGCAGGACAAGCAGCAAAGCACUGAAAGGUUCAAACAUUUUUCACAGGUGAACCACAAAUGAUCCUCAAACCAAGACUUGCAAAAGUCAUUGGAUAGAUUUUACAUUUUCAGAACCAUUUGCCUAUUACAGUCAGUUGAAUUCACUGGCACAGUUGAUUAUAUCUCAGCAACUGUUUGUAGUAUUGACACCAAACAUGGUGUGUAAACUUAGCACCCCUUCCUGAGCACCCUAGGGGGCUCUGCCAUGGCCAGCUAUCAGUCCUUACAGCUGUGCUUUUAACACAAUCUAAUGAAGUUCCAAUGUUUCUAAUGCUGACCUGCUUGGCCUUCUAACCACUACUGGGCAUUUUUUUUAAAAUAUAGUAUAGUCUAUUUGUUCUACAGUAAAAAAAAUAAAAAAAUAAAAAAUAGAAAUCUAUUGUAAGAGACAAAUCCUAAAAGAUCUUUCAUAUCUUACUAAGACUUAAAUUAUUUACUUAAUUAAACCAAAAAAUAAACAAGUGUGAAAAGGUUUUCUAUUCAGGCAUAUAAAGAGGUUAGUUAGCACUGUUGAUUAAUUAAGGUAAAUGAAGCUACAGUUUUUCUCUCAUACUAUUUAACUCUGGACUAUAAAAAUGAUAAUAAAAAUCUUGUGCCCUUCUCCUGUUUUGUAGGACUUAUUUCAGUGUUGAAGUGUUCAUUUUUUUGACAAAAAACAGUAAUUGUAACUACUUUUGGCUUAACCACAGACACUAAGUCACUUUAAAUAAAAAAAAUUCUAUAAAGCUCUUAGUAACUUACAAAUUUCAGAAUGGGAGUUGUGUAAUUCUUAUUUUAAUAGUGUCGCUACAUUUCAUUUGAAGCAGGUUCAUGCUGACAUAUAAUCUAAAGUGAAAUGCUGGUCAAACUUGGGCUUUAUGUAACCAAGAAGUUUAGAAAACUCACUUCUCCACCAAAUUUAGCCCACCGCAGUUUUACAGUACAAUAGACUCUAAGACAUCAUCUUACUUUCCAGUCGCCAAAUGAGUUCAUACAGGGUUACAAUCAAUGCAACAGUGAAGUAGGCUAAAAUUUAUGUUACCAUUAUUAGAAGCGACUGCAACAGUAAUAAGAUCACAGGUCAGUGCCUUACAAUAUUCCUGGAAUCAUAGAGCCGUCAUGUCUGAGCACAGAUUUGAGAAAGAAGCUAAGUUAAAGGGGAGAUUUUUUUUUUUUUUGUUUAUUUGCAAUAUAUUGAUCUUACUUUUCUGUCUUGCUAUAUGACAGAUAUUCCAGUGCUUUAUGGAAUAGAUAGUGACAGAUAGGUGUGACCAGCCUUGAUCUCUCACUCUUUCAUCCUUGAUUUGACUCUCUGACUGCAGACUGUGUUUGAGGGUUUACUGGCCUGAAUAUGUCACUGUAUUUUGGAAUUUAUGUAGCGCAUUAAUUUUUCAUGCCCAUAAAUGCAUCCAAAACACUGGGUAGUAUAAUACCCUUUGUAAAUUCUCUAUAGAAUACCAGCUGUGGAGUAAUUCACAUUUAAUGACAAUUUUUCUCAAUUAUGUUCUUUCUACUUUACUGUACCGGCUGCAUUAAAUGACAGCGAUUGAUGGUAGUAAGUUUGAGCAACAGGGAAUCCACUUUGGGACUUUCAAUGAGAACUCCGUUUGCGACAGCAUUUUCUAUUGUCGUUUUGUGUAGUCUCACAAAAAAUGUGCUCUCCCCAAGGCUCAGCGGUGAUACUGUAGCUCUAGGUCUCAUUUUGACUGUGAGAGCCAUUAAUCACAUGACAGAAAGAUCAAGCCCUCUGUAAACCUCUCUGUCUCCGCCAACUUCAGUUUUACUUUACUCUCCAUCUCCUGGUUCCUUUCUGUCUGGGACUGAGCCACAGACACAGAGACAGACUCAUGUACAUAAUAACAAUAUUUUAAAGACAAAAUGAACUGCUCGAUAUUUCUCCAUCUCCCCACUCAGUCACUUGAAGAGCAUUUCCAGCUUUAAUAACAGGGCGUGUCAUCUAAUGUGGAGUCAAGGAUGAAGAAGGCAAAUGGACUUUCUACUGUCCACGUCCAAGUUUUUUUCAAGUUUUAUCUGCCCAAGAAGAAGGACAGCAUCCGUUGUUUUAGCAAGUGCCCCAAAAUAAAGUGACAAAGCCCAAAAAGCAGCUGUAGGUAUUAUGACUUCUGUUUGCUGGGAGAAAAGCAGGAAGAUGUAUGAGGUUUUAUAUAGUUCUCAGAAAGAGGAGGUCAGGGUGGUUAGACGGUAAAACCAUGACUCUUUUGUGAGUCAUGAUUUGAGUUGUCAUUUCCUACAGAAGGACAAUGUUGGUUUCUUUUUAGCGCUAUAUCAGUCAGCUAAUACUAUUGGCCGAUACUGGCCUAUAACAGAUAUAUUAGUAUCAAAGUAUGUGUUGCCUGUUAUGUGACAAUCCAAAAAUUUUGUGAAACAUUUUAAUACAACACAGUGCAAAAAAAUUACUUGGGAUAUUCAGAAACUGUGUCAUCACACCAGCGGAGCGAGCUACGACUCUGUUGUUUACAAUACUUUCAGCUCUCUCUGCAGCACAUGUAGCAGAGUAUGAAUCGCAGCUGAGCAGAUGGUGCUGUGGAGUCAAGUUUUGUCUUUAUGAUAAGUUACUAGCCAUUGAAAUAAAUUGCUAUAAAGUUAUUUCCCCUUAAUUUCCACCUUUUAACAUAUAAAAUUACUCUAUUUGAACCCAAAACAUGCUUUUUCUCUAACCAGAACUAAGUCAUUUUUGCAGUCAUUUGGUUACCAUGCUGAUGCGGCUGUCAGACUAGAAAAUGCUUAUGUGCUUUGUUGUGGAAUGACGGUAAAAAUGACAAAUAUAGAAAUUUCUUAGGAAGGCUUUUUGCAAUUCUUAUGGCUCAGUAUCUGUCUGAUUAAGGUCCUCUCUUUUGUCUUUUAUUUAAGACCUUAAUGCCACUUGGAAUCAUUUUUUUUAUCUAGACUGACCAGAAGUGACUUUAAUUUGAUUGGAUUGGACACAUCUUUCCAAUACAUGAGCAGCUUUGGGCAGUUAGGUCAGGAUCUGAUCCAGCAACAGUCCAUGAUAUCGCACUGAAUCAUCCCUAGUCUUCUUUAAAAUCAUCAUUUUCUUCAUCAAAUCUCAACUUCACGUUUAAGAAGGCUCGCAGGGUUAUGUUCUGUUGCACACACUGCACUGUGAUGAGAAGUUGAAAGCUAAAUCAGAUCUACAUCCCCUGUGACAAUGCCAAAUCCAAGUCCAAAAUAAUCCACAUGCCAACCAAAAUGCAUCAUCAUUAUUCCAUUCCUAUUUUGAUUUGACUUUUUCAUUUUUGUUUAGCUCUAGUUCUUUAGAGAGUGUGUCUGUCUGUGCUAUGAUGUCAGUGUGCCAGAUGUGACAGCAGUAUAUCCCAUCCCAACUGAAAUGCUCCCCACUGCACUGGAUUGCAUAUGCUAUACAUGUUAUAGCCAGAUUUCACCUCCAGGCAGUGUGUUUGUGUCUGCACGUGUGUUGACUGUUCACUCAAGGGAGAUUGCCACAUCUGUGAGUUUGUCCACAGUAGCUGCUGGGUCAGAUGCUUUGCCUCGCUGUCGUCACAGAUUUCCUCCACUCUUCUGUUUGUCUUUUCUCGCCUUCUUCUUCUCCUUAAUUUGUCCUUCAUUUCCCCUCUGCUACUUCUUUUGAUUUGCCAUUUGUUUUCAGAUGUUUGUCCUUGCUAUUCUCCUGGUUGCUGUUAUUUCCAUCUCUGACCAUUCUGUCUCCCCCCUUCACUCUUCCCAUCUCAUCUCCCAAUUUGUUCCUCUCAUCAGUCUUUUGUGUGUCACACCCCCUUCCUUGUUAACCUACUAGUAGUACUCCUCCAUCCUCUCCCCUGUUUCCAUUUCUUACCCCCCACCCCCUUUCUCCCUAUACCCAGUCCCAUCUCUGACCCAAUUAAGCAUGGGGAGGGACACAGCAGUACGAGAGUGACGGAGGUAAGGCGAGAAAGAGAGCGAGGACAGGCAGGGAGUGGAGACAGUUUGAGAUUCAGGAGCUGGAAAACCAGAGAGAGUCACAAAACAAUUGCCAUCAACCUGCCAGGACACGCACGGCGAAUUGUCCGAACUUCACCUGGAACUUAAACAACCUCUGACAGCGUCAGAGGAGGCGGGGGUGUAGGAGAGGAGCAAGUCGACGUUCCUGCUGCCAGACUCUUACCGCUCUCAAAGAAGAAACGAGGAGAAUAACAAUCUACCUUCAGUGAAGAAAGCGGGUGGGGAGCUGUGUGGAGUUAGGAUGGCCGAACACCGGCAUAUAGAGGGAGACUGAAAGGAGGGACCGAGGAGACGAAAGCAGUGCAUCCCUGGUUGGAAGCCGAGGGGGGGGGGGGACGUGGUUGCCCCGAGGCAAGAGAAAGAUUUUUGUUGAAAGGAACGGAGAGAGAGGAAGGGGGGAAAGGAUGCAUCUGUUCUUUCAUGACAAGUGGGAGGUGGAGGGGCUGCAGACUGUGGGCAUCCUCCUGGUGGUCUGCAGCUCCCUCAAACUGAUGCACUUUCUAGGGCUUAUCGACCUCUCCGUGCAAGACAGCGUGGAAGAUGACUUUGAGUUAUCCACUGUGUGCCAUCGCCCAGAAAGCAUGGACAAGCUGCAGGAGCAGACUAAGUUCACCAAGAAGGAGCUGCAAGUCCUCUACAGGGGAUUCAAGAAUGAGUGUCCAAGCGGUGUGGUGAAUGAGGAGAACUUUAAGACCAUUUACUCCCAGUUUUUUCCUCAGGGAGACUCAAGUAUGUAUGCACAUUUCCUGUUUGAAGCAUUCGACACUAACAAGAACGGCUCGGUUAGUUUCGAGGACUUUGUAUUUGGCCUGUCUAUCAUCCUGAGAGGGACCAUUAAUGACCGGCUAAACUGGGCAUUCAACCUCUAUGACCUGAACAAGGACGGCUGCAUCACCAAAGAGGAGAUGCUGGACAUCAUGAAGUCCAUCUAUGACAUGAUGGGGAAAUACACGUACCCCACAAUGCAAGAUGAUGCUCCAAGAGAACAUGUGGAGAGCUUUUUCCAGAAAAUGGACCGGAAUAAAGAUGGCGUGGUCACCAUUGAGGAGUUCAUCGAGUCAUGCAAAAAGGAUGAGAACAUCAUGCAGUCCAUGCAGCUGUUUGACAACGUCAUCUAAGAAGCUGGACCAGUGAGGACACUGGCACCAGGGAGGGGAGUGUGUGUGAAGAGGAACCAGGGUUGAAGUAGAGAGAAUGAGUUUGUGAGUGAGUGUGUAUGUGUGUGAGAGAGUGUGGUCGUCUUCUGACUUGCAAGCUUGUGUCUCUGUUGGGAGCUGUGAGUCCUGAGGGCACCAUGAGGCCCUCUUCCUCUACCUGGAUGCCCAGUGGCAUUUGUCCAAGCAACAAUGGAGUUUUCCCAACUCCCAUCCUCAUCAUGUCGAACCUUAGUUUAUUCCCAGAGACACAGAGAAAGAAGGCGAGCAGUGGGCUAACAGCCGCUGGCACUCCCAACACACCCCACCUGUUUUAUUUGAACUCUUAUUUAUUACUAUUACCAACGGAGGAACUAUCGCAGCCUCUAAAUGGCUGAACUCAGAGGGAGGAGGUUGCCCCGAAACCUUGGUCUAAGAUCACAUUUCCCCCUUUUCUCUGUGAUGGCUGUGAUUUGGAUUCACGAAUCUAAACCUGCCUCUGUAUAUGUGGGUAACACCUCGCUGGAGCCCCGGCCAUAAAAAUAGAAAUGAAUCUAUGGCCACCUGGUGGACGAGAGAGAAAAAGACACUUUCUGAGGGAACAACUAGGAAAUUGGAGAUCCAAGUGGUCCCGUUUUACAGACGGAGGUUCGAACGCGUUGUUUUCCAUGAGGAACUGAUUUCAAUAUCGCAUGAUGAUGUCACUAAUAUAUAAUUAUGUAUUUACAGAGAUACUCCAAAGUCUGCUCGUCUGUCUGCUGUUCCUAGUCAUUCACAGGUGCCUCACCCUUUGUGUAUGUGUGUGUGCAUGUGUAACAGAAAGAUGUCAUCUAUCUUACCUACGUAAGACUUUAGUGGGGCGACACCCACCUCCAUUCAUGGGAUUCUGGUAGAAUAAUUCCUGGCCUUCCAAACUAUUACAGUCCUAGCAGUAGUUGUCUAUUGACUGUUGUACAUUUUCUAGCAUUCCCAGUGGUGUCAUAUUAGACAGUACAGCGUGGGGAUUGCACUGUAGCUGUUGAGCUUCUCUCAACACGGUACCGGCAUACCACAGUCUGUCAAUAUUCAUUUAAUGGGAAUUUAUUAGAUUGCAGAUCGUAUUUGUGAACUUCUUGUAAUCGGAAAUGUCAUGUGGUUGUAGCAGGUUCUGCCACUUCAAAAGAAAAAUCUCAAAAAAUCCCUGUUGCAUUAAAUUAGGCUAAUUCAAUUUCAAACAGGUAUAGAAUGUGUGCGUGCAUCAUUAGUGAGAGACAUGGUUUAUUUGCGUUGGUUUUAUUUUUUCUAUGGCCCUCACAGUCCCUGCCCCCAUUCCUUACUCUCCCUCUCUCUGCAACACCAAAGAGGAGAUACAAAUGGAAGAGGUACUCUAAGAGAAAAAGCCCACCUGUGGGUGAAGAGAGGGGGAGAUACUGUGUAGUGAGUUGGACAAGGGGCAAUCAGAGAUAAUCAUAUAGACUGGCUAUGUGGUUUCUGCACAUUGUCCAUAUAGAAAUGUCAUUUUAGGUUGUUAACCAACAUACAAGGCCCUAAUGAAUGACUUACUUUAGAACAAUUUGCAACCACGUAUUCAUUCUUUUCACACUCGAACUACUCUUAGAUCUAUGAUGAUGUUCGUACGAGAGACCUUCAUGCCGUAAUUACAUCGGCUGUUGUGUCUUUCAAAUGAAUAGCAAUAAUGUUUUCGACAACAGAACCUUUCCUGUCAUCCGACCUCUCAUUCCUCUCAGAGCACAGUGUAAGGGCACAGGACAGCCCUGAUGAAAAUAUGCACUUCCAACCCUGCAAUUUCUUCCGUUUCUGUUGUGCAUUUUUUAUGUUCUAGAGGAAAAAAGCAGUUUGGCUCUGAUUGUUCCUGCCCACAAUUUUUCUUUUUGUUAUUUUCUCGACCACAAGUAAAACCUGUCUAUACCCGCAUGUACUGUGUCUAGAACAAUGAAAACCUACUAACCCGUUGUACUGACUGUCUAGUUAGCUAGCAUCAACUGGUUGCAUUACAUAUUCAAAAUGUGUAUAUUUUGUACAGAGACAAUAAAAAUCACAGUUACUAUGCAAAA